UGACAGAGUACGCAGUUGUUUUUCGGUCAUAUGAGAAAAUAUAGUCACUUGUUUCAUUUUCGAAUUUUUUUUACAAUGACGUGUAACGUGAACGGAUGUGGAAAUUAUUUGGCAAAAACCAAAAAGAUUGGAGGAAAGAUAAAAUAUUUUUCCUUCCCAAAAGAUCCAGUACUUUCCAAUAAGUGACAUCAAGCAUGUGGAAAAAAAAAUAUUUCAAAAUAUUCUAGGAUAUGUUCAAAGCAUUUUUCUGAUGCAUGUUUUACAAAGAACUUACAACAACAAUUGCUGGGCUAUUCUCCUUCAAAAACUAGAAAGUUACGUCCUGAUGCUAUCCCAACAUUACAUCUUCGUACAGUAUCGAACGAAGGUUCUUCAACUGCGGUGGUAUUAGACGAAAUAAUGACUCCGUCAGCAUCGAACGAAGGUUCCUCAACUCCAUCGACAAGUACAGAAGCUAUUAUGUCUUCCAAAAUACACGAUCUGGAACUCCAGGUGACUGCACUGAAAAAGACGAUAAAGAAGUACGAGAAAGCGAGACCGAAAGAAGACAAAGAACUCGUGGAAAGAAAAAUGUACGAGUUACUGGGAAAAAUAUUCAGUCAAGGACAAAUACGGAUGAUAUUGAAUCCCUCACUAUGUAAGAUGAAAUGGUCUUCCGAAGAUAUCACACACGCGAUAUCCUUGCGAUGUGUCAGCCCAAAGGCAUAUCGUUAUAUGAAGCAUGUUCUGCAAAUACCACUUCCAGGCCUUUCAACAUUAAGAAGAUGCUCCGCAUCUUCUCAAGUUGUUGAGGAAUCAUUUUCUGGACAAAGGGUUUAUCUGGAAGGGGAAAAUAGUUGAUAAGGAAAUAUUGUUU